AUGUCCUCUGACCAGUUUGAAAACGAUGAAGUAUCUAUGGUUGAUGUCUUAGCAGAAGACAAGGAGUUAGAGGCCGAGGCGAACGCCGUUUUUGGCGACAGUGACGACCAACAUUGCACUUAUGAAAAGGUAUCAUUUCUGUGUUGUUGUUUUAUUUAUGUUAAUGUAUUGUUAGUGUUGUUGUAAAAGCUUAUUUUAUAAAGGAUUUUGUUUCAUUCUCUUGAAAAUGACAAUAUUAAUAAUAAAUUAAUCAUAUUUUUAUAGUCAUUCAGCAAAAAUUUAAAGUCAUUUCUGCUGAAUGAAUUUAAUAUUUGGCCUUACUAACUGUGUAUAUAAUUAGAAUAAUUGUCCAUAUACGCAUAUUCUCUCACAGUUCUGAGGGAUGCUGCACAUGCAGGCCCAACCUUUAAUGAACAAAAAACCUCAUACUUAAGGGCCACGUCUAUAUUCAUGUUGCCACGCCCACGCAAAACGUCGAAUCAACGUUAUCACCAGUACCCACCUACCAACCUGAGAUAACGUUGAUUGUUACCCUGUCAUAUUUUGACCGCUAAAAGAGCUCAAAAUCAAAAUGGCAAAAGUGUCUCUUAUUCUUAUAAAAUAUGGUAUAUAAUCAAUCAAUUUAUCUCAGAAAUGGGUCAUUCCAGAAAACAUCCAUACCACCCCCACAGAGGAAAUAGAAAGUUAACCCCCCUCUCCGGAUGUCCUAAUACAUUUACUAUUAUCAGAAACAAUUUUUUCUCCCCUCCCCCUCCAGACGGCAGAAAUUUCCUCUGUGGGGGGAGUAUGGAUCUUUUCUGGAAUGACCCAAUGCAUUAAAAUGCUGAGGUUUCAAUUCAAAUAUAAAUAUAAGUCUUUAUAAAAUAUGAGAAGUUUUAUCGCAGAAAAAUGUUGUGAUUCGCGAACACGAAUUGACGGGUAUUUGACUAAAAUGUUGCUUCAAUACUUCGACCUUUGUUUUGAACUCUAUUAGUUGAAAAUAAUAUAAUACUGACAAAAGUUGCACAGCAAACAUUAAAUAUUUAAACUUCGGUCUGUUUGGAUGUAAGUAGUCAAGUUGCCACGAGAUAACGUCAAGGAAUUGACGUAAAAACCCACCCAUAACGUCGAUUCAACGUUAUGCGUGGCAACAUGAGUACAAAACAUGGAUCACAAACAAAAUAUCAACACAUGCUCUCUUGCCAGUAGUCUGCAGGUCAGGCUAGCACAAGGCAAGCAAAAAAAUACUGACGACCUUCACCCAGCCCCCCGGCAGUGCACAAGAAAAAAUGUUCUGCCUCUUUCGUUCCUCAGCCGGCAGAAAAUAACAUUUAAUGGGGUAUGAUAAAAGUAGCCCUCCAAUAAACAUAAAUCAAGAUUCACAAUAAGGAUGUAUUUAUAUUUGUCAAUUCUUAUGAUUCUUUUCAGAUGAUCAUUUUUUAUAUAAUUUUAACAAUCUAUAGGGUUAUGUGAAACGUCAAGCACUAUAUGCUUGCCUAACCUGCACACCUGCUGCACCUGAUUCUGACUUGGCAGGUGUCUGCUUAGCCUGUAGCUUAUCAUGUCACGAUGGCCACGAUCUGGUUGAACUUUAUACCAAAAGGUAUUAUCCUUAGUAUCUAUUUUCUGAAACCGAGAGAAAUAUUAUGUUUAUUCUUGUUGGUCCAAUUACAACAUAUUAUCUCUUGCCUCUAGUUGUCCACUUGUCUGUGGUAAACAGUCAAAUUCUCCGCACAAUAUUUUUCAACCUGGUGUAUAGUUUAUAAAUUAUAAAUAUAUAUUAUUAAUCACUCGCAAAUACCUUAUAAAAGUGCCCCUCACAGUUCAAACUGUCAAUCAAAGUUCAAACUGUCAAUCAAAGUUCAAUCUGUCAAUCAAAGUUCAAACUGUCAAUCAAAGUUCAAACUGUCAAUCAAAGUUCAAACUGUCAAUCAAAGUUCAAACUGUCAAUCAAAGUUCAAACUGCCAAUCAAAGUUCAAACUGUCAAUCAAAGUUCAAACUGCCAAUCAAAGUUCAAACUGUCAAUCAAAGUUCAAACUGUCAAUCAGAGUUCAAACUGUCAAUCAAAGUUCAAACUGUCAAUCAAAGUUCAAACUGCUAAAAAACUAUGGAAAUAUGAAAUAUUUAUCAUCAUAAUUUAAUUUAAUUUAAUUAAUUUAACUAUAUAUGAAUUGUUGAACAUUACUGUUUAGAUUUGAGAGAAUUUUAUUUACUUUUUACUUUAGAAAUUUCCAGUGUGACUGUGGAAAUGAAAAAUUUGCUGACUUUGAAUGUAAACUACAGAAGGUGAAUGAAAGGCAUAUUCUAAUCUUGUUUCCUUGGGAAUCAAAUCACAUUUGUUGUUUUACUUGUUUUAUUUAGAAUAAAGAUGCUGCAAACACACUCAAUAAUUACAAUCAGAACUUCAAAGGCCUUUAUUGCUCUUGUCAUCGACCUUACCCAGACCCAGAUGAUGAGGUAAUGUUUAUGUGCAAAAGGUUAAAAGAAGAAAGGAUGUAAAAUUUUGAGAAAUUGAAUGUGGCCCAAUUUGAAAAAGUGUGGUAUUGAUGUGGCUCAAACAGAUCUUUCCAACAACCUUGAGUUUUAGCUUGUGCAGAUCGAAGAAUAUAUGGCAUGUUGAACACUAGAAAAAUUUAGCAUAAAAUAGUCCCCCCUGCCCCCCCCGUUUGAAAUUACCCACCAAACUAACCAGGAAUUAUCCACCCCCCUCAUAAAAAUAAUCCCACACCCCCUACAAAUUAUCCAGCCCCCCCCCUGCAGAAAAUAUGUGUACCCAGCAAUUACACUAAAAAUUAUCCAGCACCCCACCCCCUAAAAAUAUGUACACCAGGCCAUGAAUGAUAAUGAUUUUAGACUCAGAUUUUAAUUUCACUGUUUUGGCAGGCUUUUACUAGGCUAAGUAUGUCUAUAUUAAUUGCUGCCGAGCGUAGCUCGGCAGCACACUAAUCUCUACACGUGGUGUGCUUACCACGUGACCGCCGAGUUUAUAGCCGCUACAAUCUCGAUUUAUGUCAUUCUGUCAUCCACGGACGGGCCAAAACUAGCUGUUUUGAUAUUAUUUUUUUGUUCCCGGGGGGGUUUGUUCACAACAUGGCGACUGUUAUAAACGGACAGAAAUAUAAAAAUCAUAAAAUAAUGCGAAUUUCCAUAAAAAUUCCGAGUAAUAUUUGUGAAGAUGAAUGGGUAAAUAAAGCAUGGUGUUAUUUUGUGUCUCUGGCGCAAGAAUGAUCGACAAUAUUUUGAAUAAUUCAGGUAAGGAUGGCUUUAUUUCGUUCUCGUAUAGUGAUGUAGUCGUGCCGUGUGCCCUGUCAACCUGUCUGGUGAUAUAUUUUAUAAUACAUGAAGGCAUUUAUAUUUAAAUCUGCUGUUUAUACUUGUUUAGUCACUUUAGUGUAUUAAACUUCGAUAUAGAGGCAUUGAAACAAAAUGAUUUCAAGAAUAUAUCGGCAAUUAUAAUACCCACUGAAUCACUGAUCUAUUCCCGACCAAAUCGACAGUAAUGAUUAAUGCCUUUAUGCUGAUACAAGAAGCAAAUGAACUUUUAGUUUAUUUGUUUGUUAUGUCACUUAAUAUGUGCAAAGCCAAAGGCGGUGAGUAUAUAAUAGUGUUCGGUACGUUCUAUUUCUAAAUGUUUAUAGUUUAAAAACAAACGCGGGAUGUUGUUAAAUCAGGCUUAACAAGAUUCCUAGAGCUACCCAGUGUGGAUUGUUGUCUGCAUAUAUGGACUUAUCAGCAAUUACAUGUAAUAUAGCAUAUCAACUGACUUUUGUAUAAGAUAUGACUUGUAUAAGGCCUCAGUUAUAUAUAAAGCCUAUAAACAUGAUUCUACUGACAUACAUUGAUAUAUACAUAUGGCUGUGUUACCACAAUAAUGCUCACAACUUCAACUUCUUUCUAAUAAUAUAGUUUUGCAGUUCUGACUGUUCUGAGUAUGAUCUUAUUCAUUCAGAAAUAUAAGCAUUGCACUGUAUUCAAUGGCAAGCUAUCCUGGAUUCCAGAGCCUUCAGUUAAUAAUAAAUUGAAAUAUCGUGAAGGUUCUGGUUCAACGGGAGGAUUCUUUGAUUAAACUGUGCCAAUCACAAAACAGAAUUAGCAGUUUUAGUACAGAUUUUGGGUGUGUUAACCCAUUAAGCGCCAGCGCUCUCCCCUUGACGAGUAAAAUCGUCUGGCGUUAGACAGAGUAAAAUACUCUGGCGUUAGACAGAGUAAAAUACUAAAGUAGGGUGCAUCAGGGUGCAAUGCGACCCAAUGGGUUAACUAGACACAUGGGCAGAUAGAUCAGUUAACCCAUUAAGCGCCAGCACUCUCCCCUUGACAAGUAAAAUCGUCUGGCGUUAGACAGAGUAAAAUACUGUUCAAAGUAGGGUGCAUCAGGGUGCAAUGCGACCCAAUGGGUUAACUAGACACAUGGGCAGAUAGAUCAGUUAACCCAUUAAGCGCCAGCACUCUCCCCUUGACGAGUAAAAUCGUCUGGCGUUAGACAGAGUAAAAUACUGUUCAAAGUAGGGUGCAUCAGGGUGCAAUGCGACUCAAUGGGUUAAUAUAGUACAUAACAUAGGUCAUAGACAUACAGUUUCAAUACAAUACAAAAUGAUUUUGAACAACGUCAAGGUCAAUGAAAUCAUACAAAAUGAAUUUAUGGAAUAUCAAUUAAAUGUAUUUAAAACAAACAUAAUUUCAACAUCCCAAUAAGCAAUAACAUCCCAGUAAGUAUAAAUUCAACUAUUUUAAAUCAAUUGUUUGAAUAGCCAAAGUAAAAGUUGUACGAGUGACAAAAUCAUUCAAUAAUAUUCACAUUUUAUCAUUUAUAUUAUGUGUCAACUAUCAAAGUCGCACUGUUAAGUAUAUUAAAAUAUACUUUUCAUAAGAUUAGAUGUAAGAUAUAAUUGUACGAAGGUAACUGAGGAACGACGAUGUGUAAGACAAUAAAUCAUACAUACAGUGAAAAACGCUCUUUUUGUAGCACACCCUACAUGUACAUAUCGGCAGCAUUUUCCUUGCGAUAGUAACUCCUAGUUAUUAGAAUAUCUUGUGAUGCAGUGAAAUUUAAAUUAUAUUCAUCCAAGUUUGUCCAAAGUUGAAAGUUCGUUCUGUUCUUCUGCAGACUCUCAAGUGAAAUUCUAUAUCCGCGUGAGUAUCCCAGCAUGCCAAAUACUGAGAAGUUGUUGCCUAAAUCAAUCGUGUCUCAACUCUGUGGCUAUAGUCGCGAUUUAUGUAUUAUUGUUAUUCCACCUUUAGCGGGUAUGGUAUUCGCUUAAAACUUUUUUCACCAAAUUUAUGCCGCAUGGGAUAAUUUAUUAACCAAAGAAAAAUGUCUUUUGUGUCGCAGCCAAUCAUAUUGUUCACUAUCUUCAGACUAGGAUGACCAAUCGGAAGCUAGCGCGGAAUCCUGCAAGUACGUACACAAACUGUAUUUCUCAUGAACCGCGUAGUAUUGAAAAGGGUAAGGGUAAGCGUAGAAUCGUUCCUCCUGGCAUAAAAUUGAUCUAUACUAGCAUAUUUUCACGAUGCCUGGAUCACAAAGAUUUGAGAGAAG